GGCUGUUCCUCUUUCCUCUGUGUCAGAACCUAUUAAUAAUUUAUUUUGCUUGUCAACAACUAAGUGAAUUCUAAUGAUUGACGAGGACAGCUGGAGUGUCUUUCAUACCACCUUUGCAUAGGUUUAGUUUAUGUUGUAAAUUGUCAAGUUAUGGAAAUUCAGCACUGAAUCGAAAAUAGAGGAUUUUGUUACACUACAGUAUAUCUUAAUUUGUUAACUUGAGCCCUGUGUUGUGAAGAGACAUGAAGGCUCUGUUUGGACUGUUGGUGAUGUUAGCAGCAGUGUCUCAUGGCAUGGAGAGGCCCUGUGAUGCUAGAGAGGAUGGAGCUCAGUGUUAUGGAGCUCUGGGAGGAACUGUCUAUCUCCAGCUGAUAAACGUUGUCAGUGGAGUCCCUGACAUAUUAUUAAAAACCGAAUCCAAUGAUACUGCUAAAGUUAUACUGAAAAUUAGAAACAGAACCCCAGAAAUAGUGAAAAUCCACAAAUCCAUUGAAACCAGAGCACACUUCUUUAUCAACAAUGGGACUUUUAGGAUAGAUAACACAGAAAGGAAUGAUUCUGCUGAAUAUAGACUAGAAACAUUUAAUUUAGAUGGGAAAGCAUUAGGGACCAGGAGACUACAACUGUUCAUUGAAGCCCCAGUGUCCUCUCCUCAGCUGUCCUCUCAGUGUCUGACCCAUGGAGAGGUGAGGGUGUCCUGCUCCUCUGAGGGGGACGGUCCUCAGUACAGCUGGACUCUGGACGGACACACACAUAGAGACACUGAGGCCUCCCCUGGUGACAAGACAAACACCGUGACACUGAAGAGAGGCCAGUCUGGAGAUCUCACCUGCACUGUAAAAAACAACAUCAACAGUGUUACUGUGAGCAAAAUAAUCUCCCCCUGUGAGGGGAUUAUGUAUGUUAACUGCACUUCCAACGGGACAAAGAUAUCAGAGUGGGUGAUUGCCACUGGUAAUACCCUGUGUAUUGAGCUUACAACAGAGGCACACACAACUGUGACAAAUGCCUUCACCAGUAAAACAGAGGCAACCGAAGAGAUCAUAGGGAUGGUAGCAGGGUCUCUGGUAGGCAUAGUCCUUGUCCUAGGGAUGGUGUUGGCAGUUUACUGUGUCCAGAAGAACAAGAAACCUCCAAAAACUCCAGUUAAUGUUGACAGUCAGGAUGUGGAAUACGCUAAUGUCAGGAUACUGAAGAAGCAAAUGAGACAGACUGUGGUUCCCCAUCAGUCAAUGGAGGUGGAGUAUGGACAGAAUAAAAUAUUAGAGGGUCCCCAGCGGAGUGUAGACACACUUGAGGAGGAAGACUGUGUGUACGCCAGGGUACGGAAAGUUCAGUGAGCAAGGUACUGUCUAGAUUCAAUAUGAUAGAAGGAGGCUGUUAGGGAUGAUAUGGACAUAUCAUCCCUAACAGGUAUUGCAUAUCUUACAGAUUUCGUCCCAUUAUCACUAGAUUCAGGUUUUGAAACGUGGUCGUUACUUAAUUUGCAAUAUGUACAGCAAGUCUUAAAGAACAACCAAGUUAAAUCAUUUGACGAACUAAGUUCAAACUUCCAUUUGCCAAAGUUCUUUAGCUAUUUAGAGCUAAGAGACUAUUUACUGAAACACCCCAAAUGGGUAAUAACAGGGUGAGCCCUCUCCCAUAGAAAAACUCAGAAUCAAUAAUCAGAAAAUGGCAACUAGUAGUAAACAAAUAAAACUGUACCAAUGUGUUGAUAUCAUGGCACAGCGCAGUACUCUGCAAACUAAGUGCAAGUGGGAAUCUGAACUUGGGGAGAAAAUUGAAAAUUAAACUUGGGAGGCAAUACCAUUUUGGGUACUUUCUAACUCCAGACACAAUGGUGAAGAUAAGUAAAGAAACAACCGAUGAAUACUGGAGAAAAUGUGGGAAUUGUUCAUAAACUACCCACUUAUUUUAGGGUCUUGUUCUAGAAUGAUGAACUUCUGGAAUUAUGUUUUUGACUUUGUAAACAAUAUAUUAAAAUGCUCCCUGGCAAAGGACACGAGUGCCAAACUCAAAAUGCUUAUCUAUCGAUUAUUCUCUUGUCUGCAGCAAAUAAAUGUAUUACAGCACAUUGGUUAAAUAAGGACAUUCAUACUAUGAAAGAGUGGAAUUGUAGAGUGAAAUAAAUGUAUUUAAUGGAGAAUAAAUUUACAAACAGAUAUAUGUGAAAAAAGAUGGGAACCGGUCCUUGUAAAUAACAUUGUGUAGACAUAAGACUCAUUAGUCUUGACGCAAACAAACAUAUGAUGAAUGUGAUUACACAUGUUUGCUUUUCUUUUUUCAAAUUGCAUUUCCUUUUGGUGCUUACGGUGCCUUCAGAAUGUUUUCACACUCCGCGACUUUUUCCACAUUGUGUUGUUACAGACUGAAUUUAAAAUGGAUUAAAUUGAGAUUUUGUGUCACCGGCUUACACACAAUAAUGUCAAAGUGGAAUUAUGUUUUUAAAAAUGUUUACAAAUUAAUAAAAACUGAAAAUCAGAAAUGUCUUGAGUCAGUAAGUUUUCAAGCCCUUUGUUAUAGAAUGCAAAAAUAUGUUCAGGAGUAAAAAGUUGCUUAACAAGUCACCUCUGUGUGCAAUAAUAGAGUGGCAAAGAAAUUAGCUUCAUAUCCUGAAUACAAAGCG